GAUUCGCGGUAGUCUUGCCAGCCCAGGGGCGGCCUGAUGCAAGGCGUUCAUGCAUCAUUGACCGGUCAAAUGCCUGAUAAGCCAGGAAGGAUCCCAACCCUUGUUCCGACGGUAUUUGCCCUGCAUGAGACGACCGAUCUUGACCAAGAUCUCGCGCCCGCCGUCGUGUUACAAUCCCGUGCACCGGUGACACGACAGGUCAUCCAUUUCACGAAGGAGGGUGGUUGCAUACGUAUAAAGCUCGGCAGCGCCCGCACUCUCCAUUACACACAAAGUCUCGUCUCACCACAACCACCAGCUAUCGAACCGAUACCCCGGAGCAGCAACAAGCGGCCGCGCCUCCAACGAGUCACCCUGUCGAACUAUGGCCAGAGGCGAUUGAAGGCGGUGAGGCUGGCCCGCAAAGUUGCUGCUAAUGACAAUGCACGUCAAGCUUCUCCAAGUCUACAGCCAAGCACCGACGAGGAGACCUUGUACACACACGAGUCAACGGCAACAGACUUCGGGGUAGCAAAACACAGCUGCAGCCUCCAAGACAACAAACCUUUCUUUUGUUGGGCGAGGCUAAUGUUUGAGACGGGACUUCAGCCCUGUCCUGGUUCUGCCCCCAGCCGUUCUCAAAGAUCUACACCGGUGCGUUCAGACCGCUCGCCAGCCACCAGCAACCUCGUGGCGACUUCAACGUCAGAAUGUCGGUCAGAUGAAAAGUUGAAUGACCUCUAAUGACGCAACACUCGGCGUGUGCUGCCAGGAGCUUGAGUACUGAGAAAGGCUCCCAACUGUUUGCCGGGUGCAAUGUUCCACCCACAAUCCAGUCGAAACGAUGAACCAAGCAUGAUCACAGACUGUCUCAUCGAUCUAGAUCAGGACCCG